AUGAGCUUCAAACUUUUAAGACCAAGCUGGACACUGGUCAGAAGCUUGGCUAGCUCCGCUACUCCCAAAAAAACCGACAUUUUCAUCGUGGGAGGAGGCCCUGCCGGUUUGACACUGGCCGCUGCAAUAAGAACUUCGCCCUACUUGUCCGGCCUCAACACCACAUUGGUGGAUGCUGGCGACCUCAAGGGCAAAACUGCUCAAUUCUUUCAUAACCCGCCCGAGGACUUCUCAAAUAGAGUCAUUAGCUUGACGUCUCAGUCCAAAAAGUUCUUGGAACAAAGGGUUGGCGUCCAGCUCAUGUCAGACCGGUUACAAGCGUUUGACGGACUAUAUGUGUCAGACGGAUGCACUGAUGCGCAAUUGGAGCUGGAAAAGGACUCCAUGGGCUUCAUGAUCGAGAUUUUCAAUAUUCAGAGCUCGCUUCUACACCGACUUUCAGGACUACAAUCACCCACCCUCAACUUGAUAGACCAGACCAAAGUACUCAGCAUUGAGUACAAAAACCCAGAAGAUCCACAGUCGUGGCUCAAAGUGUCGCUCAGCAAUGGCGAGGUUUUCGAAACUCGGCUUUUGGUUGGGUGCGACGGCUUCAACUCCCCAGUAAGAAAGUUCUCCAACAUAGAGUCCCGUGGAUGGUUCUACAACAGGUUUGGCGUGGUGGCAAACAUGAAGCUGGACUUCCCGCCAUUCAAAGUGAGGGGCUGGCAGAGGUUUUUGCCCACCGGCCCCAUCGCACACCUACCGAUGCCUGGCGAUCGAGCAACGCUAGUUUGGAGCACCACCGAACCACUUUCAAGACUGUUGCUUUCGAUUGAGCCGCAACAGCUGGCUCUUCUCGUCAACGCAGCAUUUGUGUUGGACGAUGUUGACAUGCAGUACUAUUACAAACAGCUCGAACAAGGCAGCAUCACUACACAGGAGCUUCAAGAAGACAUAGCUCAUCGCACGGAAGUCAAGUAUGGGAAGCUCGAGGACGAAACUUUAAUCGACGAAAUAUAUCCGCCAAUUGUAAGUGAAAUCGAUGGCUCGUCCAGGGCUAGGUUCCCUCUCAAGCUUUCGCACGCCGAUUCUUACGUUGCAGAGAGAAUUGCACUUGUGGGCGAUGCUGCCCAUACAACACACCCGUUGGCCGGACAAGGUCUCAACAUGGGUCAAGGUGACGUCGAGUCCCUAGUAAAAGUCUUAGAAGUGGCAUCACAACGUGGCCUCGAUCUGGGAUCCUUGCUAGCGUUGGAGCCUUACUGGGCAGAGCGCUAUCCAUACAACAACAUGCUUCUCGGCGUGGUAGACAAGUUGCACAAGCUAUAUUCUUUAGAUUUCGGGCCCAUUGUUGCUGCAAGAAGCAUGGGGUUGAAGCUGCUACAAAAACUGGAACCGGUCAAACACUUCAUGAUAUCUAGCGUCAGUGGAAAGGCCAGGUGA